CCAUCAUGCUCUAUCUCGUGGGUCUCGGCUUGGCGGAUGAGAAGGACAUCACAGUCAAGGGCUUGGAGAUUGUGAAGAAGGCAGAACGCGUCUACCUCGAGGCGUACACGGCGGUUCUGCUGGUAGAGAAAGAUGUGCUUGAAGCUUUCUAUGGCCGGGAAGUCAUUAUAGCCGACCGUGAAAUGGUCGAGUCGUCCAGCGACGACAUCCUCAAAGAUGCCGACAAAGUCGACGUCGCGUUCCUCGUAGUGGGAGACCCAUUCGGAGCGACCACUCACACCGACCUCGUCCUCCGCGCCCGCGAACUCUCCAUUCCCACCCGCUCCAUCCCCAACGCCAGCAUCUUGACCUCAAUUGGCACAACGGGUCUGCAACUCUACAACUUCGGACAAACAGUCUCCAUGGUUUUCUUCCUUGACAACUGGAAGCCUGCCUCGUUCUACGAUCGCAUCAAGGAGAACGUCUCCAUCGGCCUACACACACUCGUCCUCCUCGACAUCAAAGUCAAGGAACAAAGUAUAGAGAACAUGGCGCGCGGACGCCUGAUCUACGAGCCGCCGCGGUACAUGACAGUGGCGCAGUGUGCACAACAGAUGUUGGAGAUUGAGGAGGAUGUCAAGCAGGAAGGUGCCUACACAAAGGACAGUCUGGCUGUGGGUGUCGCGCGGGUGGGCGCUGAGGACCAGCAGAUUGUCGCAGGCACCUUGGCACAGCUAUGUGAGGCAGAUCUGGGAAAGCCACUGCAUAGCUUGGUACUGCUGGGUCGGCGAACACAUGACCUCGAGAGAGAUUUCCUUGAGGAGUUCGCCGUGGACAAGGAGAGCUUCAGGGAGGUGUGGAAGAGGGACUAUGAGGGCAAGCAAUGAGCGUGUCAACAUGCUGUCGUCUCCCUACGCUAUUAAAAUCUAGCAACAUCUGUCAAUGCGCCUGCAUAGACACCUGAAGACAAACAACUCUUUUGGCAUGUGCUAAUGUUUCAUUCGCUAUCACGAACAUCUUGAACCGUCCCUGAUUAACCAAAGUCAUGCUGGGGUAUCAUAUGCAAAUCCAUAACGCAAUCCUCAUUCCUUCUUGUCUUUCCAACUCUUCGCAGAAGCUUACAACUUAGGCUCUGCUUCGUCAUCCUGCUUCUCUCCAUUCUUCUCGCUCUGUCCGUCUCCAGUCUUGGUGCUCUUCUCAGUACCCUUUGCUUCCUUCUUAUCAUCAUCAAUCCCUCCAUCGUAUUGUCUCGCAAUCGGCAUAGCAGGCAGAAUCCCACUGGCAAUGGCAUCGAGGUCCG